GAUGACGAUACCUCAAUACUUCCACGUCGUAAUAACAGUGUAAUAUAUAAAUCUGACGUUAACCAUAAGAACUUAGUUAUUUCAUUGUUAACGUGCGAGGUGUUACGUUCAAGUAUUAAUUUUUUGUUAUUUUCAGUCAACAUGAGCAAAUUUUAUGUUUUUGGUUUCCUUUGCUUUUUAGCAUUAAUAUCAUUAUUCAACGCCGGAACUUACAGUGCCUAUGCUCAAGAAGAUGAUACCGUCGAUGAUCCAAUGGUUGAUGUUGAUACUGAAGAGACAAAUUCAUUAGUGGAGGAUGAGACAGAAGGAGAAGUUCCAACUUCUUCUGUUGAUGCUGACACGACAAUCUUAUUUAUAAAGCCGACUUUGCCUGGAGGUCAUGUAGUGGAAUUCCUCGUAGGAUUUACGAAUAAAGGAAAAACAGAUUUCAUUCUUGACACAUUGGAAACGUCUCUUCGAUACCCGAUGGACUUCAAAUUUUACAUCCAAAACUUUACCAAUUUAGCCAUUGAAAAGGUUGUCAAGCCCAAUCACGAAGCAACUAUAUCUUACUCCUUCAUCCCAUCUGAAACUUUUGCUGGACGUCCUUUUGGGCUUAACGUUAAUCUUAAUUAUAGAGAUAUGAACGGUGGUUACUUCAAUGAGGCUAUAUACAACGAAACUGUUCAAAUCGUAGAAUUGGAUGAAGGUCUUGAUGGUGAAACAGUAUUUUUAUACGUUUUUCUAGGAGCAUGUGUUAUUUUAACCCUUGUUGGUGGUCAGCAACUGUUAUCAUCUUUUGGUAAAAGAUCAAGAUCGCCCCGAAAACAAACUAUUGAAGUGGGUACCAGUAAUCCAAACAACGUUGAUUAUGAUUGGUUACCAAAAGAAACUCUUAAUAGAUUAAAUAAGUCUCCUAGAACGCCCAAACAAAGCCCGAAAUUACGAAAGGUGAAAAGAAUGGCAGGAUCAGAUGAUUGA